ACUCGACCAGAGAGUCUGGUUUAUCCUGAAGGUUUUGAAAGACUUGGAAGAAAGAAAAAUCAACACCUUCCUACACUUGGUUUCGACGCUGCUGCUUGGCUGUGUCGUGAAUAUUUUAACGGAUUAACGAUAAUGUAUCUUGUGUAGAGAAAAUUGUCUUUUAUUAUAAAUAAACCGUUGUGUCCCACUGACCCAUUUUGUCCCAUGAUACCCUGUCAAAGUUUUGAAAUGUUUUAGGAUUUGUUAUUUAUUCGAUAGUGCUUGAGUUCAAAUAUAUGCGAAAGCUUCUGGUCCCGUUUUUUAGACGAUAUUAAAACUUUCCUUGGUGGGUUUCAAAUGUCUGCUUAGGGCAUUUUAAGUCUCCCAUUGAAGAAUUAUAAACCAUACAACGGAGACUUUUUGGGAUUCAAAGUUAAAACUAAAAAUGUGCUACCCAAGAAGCAGCGAGAAAUGUAAUUACAGAUAAUUAAUUGCAUUGAGUUCUUCAUUGAAAUUAAUAAAGCUGGUUGAAAAUAAACAGUAAAGCAACAAGAAUUGCGUCCUGUGGUGUUGCAAGAGAUUUCCUCAAUUUCUAUGCGUGUUCUAUUUAGGCAAACAAUUUGGUUAACAUCUCUUCUUCCAAAAUCUCUCAAAUUUGAUCGUUUUCAGCAUUUACACAAUUAUAUCCUGUUUAUAAUAAGAUUAAUAAGAAUUAUUUUGUUUGCCAAGAAGCAGGUACACUCGAAUUGUUGAAUACUGUCAAAAUUCAGCUUGCGGGUCUCCUCACAAUGAUGGGUUUGUUCACUGGUUGCUCAUUUGGUGGUCAUGCCUUCAUGAUUCGAAACAAAUACAUCCGUAUUAUAUUGUCACUUAGGCCGGCAAACAGAUUCUUUUUGACUAACAGUCUUCUGUUACGAAAAGUGGUAUUUUGUAUUAUAACUAGGGAAGCAAUAGAAAGAGGAUGAGUGGAAUUUGUUCUUUUUAAAGUCAACUGCUUUUUAUUGAUAGUUUAUAACAAUCUUUGUUUAUCAUUAACAAGACAGCAAGAUUGCUUGAACCACUUGCCGAGGGAGCUAUUUAUGCAAAGGACGACACCUUAUUGCUAAUAUUAGCCUUAUCAUUAUGUUAUCUUGCAAAGUUUUUCUUUGUUUGUUGUUCCUGUGCUGCUACUGGGCUGGAGAUCUGGUUCAGUGUUUAUCAUAUACAAAGUUAGAGGAGUUAAGUCUCUCGGAACCUUUUGAAAGGGAAGUCGAUGAAUUUGAUCAACAAAAACGGACAACGAAACUCAAAUAUGGCAAACUUGAGCAUACGCCUUUAGAUGAUAAUUACGUAAAGGGUUCAAUUUGGCCAAAGCCCCAGGAGGAGCAUCGCGAAGAUGAUUAUUUCUUUGUAGACCACGUGAAUUUCAAAUUUUCAGCAAAUGGAGCUGGAAAAGACUCAGAAAUCCUUAAGUCAGCUUUGAAGCGAUACAAGGGGCUGCUUUUUCCAAAGAAAGAAGGAGAACAAGCAAGCGGUAAAGUUAUCCGGGAGUUAGUUGUCAAUGUGAAAACAAAACAAGAAAACCUUGAUAUUAACAUGGAUGAGUCUUAUGAACUCUCUGUUGAAGCUCCGGCUUCUCAUUUAUCUGCCAACACUAUCUGGGGGACCCUCAGAGGUCUUGAAACAUUCAGCCAAAUUAUUUACAUAAACAAGAAUAACAAGUACCUGGCUCGAAAAACCAAAGUAAAAGAUUGGCCUAGAUUCAAGCACCGUGGCUUUCUCAUCGACACAUCGCGCCACUAUUUACCUCUGAAGACUUUAUACAAGUUUCUAGACGCCAUGGCAUACAGCAAGUUUAACGUGCUUCACUGGCAUAUCGUCGACGAUCCUGCUUUUCCUUAUGUCAGCAAAACAUUUCCAAACUUGAGUUUGAAGGGGGCGAGAGACCCAGUCACACACGUGUAUACCCCUGACAAUGUUCAGGCAAUUAUCAGUUAUGCGCGAAACCGCGGAAUACGAAUCAUCCCCGAAUUUGACACUCCUGGACAUACCCAGUCUUGGAAGGCAAUUGACGGACUUCUCACUGACUGUGAAAAUGGAAACUUUGGACCAAUUGAUCCGACAAAAGAAGCUAAUUACAAAUUCUUAGAAAAACUAUUCCAGGAAGUAGCCCAAGUAUUUCCUGAUAAAUACUUACACUUGGGAGCUGAUGAAGUUGAUUUCACCUGUUGGAAACAGAACAAGAAAAUAGGAGAAUGGAUGAAGAAAAACAAUAACGAAACAUACGAACAACUUGAGCAGUAUUAUGCUACAAGGCUGGUAAACAUUAUUGAAAAAUUAAAGAGGAAGUCUAUAGUUUGGCAAGAUAUCUUUGACAAUGGAGUUGAGCUAAAGCCUGGUACUCUGGUGAAUCUUUGGCUCCCGGGCUGGGAAGCAGAAAUGAAAAAGGUGACGGCAAAAGGCCAUCAGGUGAUCCUUUCCAGCUGCUGGUAUCUGAAUUACAUCAAUUAUGGAAUGGAUUGGCCAGAGUAUUACUUUUGCGAUCCUCAUGACUUUGAUGGGACAGACCAAGAGAAAGAUCUUGUCAUCGGCGGCACAGCAGCCAUGUGGGGUGAAUAUGUUGACUCAACAAAUAUUUUGGACAGAACUUGGGCUCGUGGGCUAGCUGUUGGAGAGAGACUUUGGAGUGCCAAGUCUGUGAAAGACUCGACAGAUGCGAUGCAAAGAAUUUGGGAACAUAGAUGCAGAUAUAUCAGUCGUGGAAUCCCAGCAGAACCCGUAGUAAAAGGGAAAUUUUGCAUCGACGAGUGGGACCCGUGAACGAUGAGCUGAUUUUAUAGCCUUAACUGUACAGGAACCAUUGGUUAUAAAGAGAUGGACAUUGAAUGAAAGAAAUAACAAAUGUAUUUUUGGCAGUUUUGACACAUUCCAACACUGUCAUAGGUUUGAAAUAGAACGCUCUGUUAUUAGAAGAGAACAUCUUCUCAAUGAAACACGAGUCAAUAAGCUGGACAACUUGCAAAGAAGCCAUCAUAUAUAUCUAAUUGCCGUCAUUUAUAUGUAAUUAGACUUGAAUUUGUACACAGUAGCGGGUAUUAUUCAAAGUAGUAUUAUUAAGUCUGGAGUCUGGACAGUAAGGAAUGCGUUUGAAUUAACCAAACUUCUAAAGGUAACUCCAUAAGCAGCCAAUGAAAUGGGCCCCUUUUUACUAGUUUCUCUUUAUAGAAGCACUGUGUUUUUUUAUUAUGUUAUAAAAUCGAUUUUCAGUGUUUGAAAUUGUAAAUCGUCAAAGUAUUUUGCCAGAUUUAAAAAUAUUAAUGAUGUAUAGCACUGAAUAAAUAUCAUCGGUAAAUAUUAUCUUCUAA